CGCAACAUGGCGGCAUGUCGCUCAGUCAGUGCUGUUUGCAAUAUCGCUCGUCGUAUUCACGCCUGUAGAAGAUUGUGAACCACGUUCUCGGUUGUUUACUUUCGUACACGGCGGCUCGCAUCGCUCGUGAAACGACGCGACGUCGACGAGACGAGGGGACGUCUCGAAACGCGUCGCGUCGCGUCGCAUCGUCUCAUCGCCCCCCUCAUUGCGAGUACUGAUCAUCAUAGUCGGUUACAUUUCAGUUACUUCGUUGCUCGUUUUGUGGCUCGUUAUGCCUAGGACGACUCGCGCAUUGUCCCACCGCGUGGGAAAUCGUGUCGUCGACACUGUGAAAGGAAAACGGAAAAAUGGCACAGAAAAAAAUACAAAGAUUUUAACAAGUAAUGAUACAAGUUUAUUAGUGAAAAAUGAAAAUAAGCUGAAUACUACCAAACAAAUAACAAAUAAAUUUGAUACAGUCAAGAAACAAUCCAUAUUAGAAACAUGCAAAUCUUCUAAACAUAAAACUCAUAAUCAAGAUUCUAAUAAUGAAGUUAUAACAGGCAAAAAUCUGCUUACCCAUUAUCUUUUUGAUAAUGCAAAAACUGUUUCACCUUGUAUUCAAGUGAAGGAAGAGAUUACUUAUGUAGAACAAUUCAAAACUGAUGAGACACCAGUGGCUGUUCCAGUUCGUACGCCUUCUACGCCACAUAGAAUAAAAAUGCCAACAGAGGAUUUAGAUGAAGGAGCUACAAUUACUACCAAUAUAAAACCUGUGAUUACAUUACUUAGUCCACUACAAGUUAUGAAAAAACCAGUUCAACGUGGACGUAAAAAAGGAACCUGCUGUCAGUCCGUCAAUCAUCGUUUGUCAAAGCCAGUGAAUGGUGAAACAAAUCAUUCGAUUACCGACUACUUUCCAGUACGUCGUAGUGUAAGAAAGAGCAAGAAGAUUGUAUUAGAAGAGAAACAACGUGAUUUAGAAAAUAAGGUUCUUUGUCAAGUGGAAAAUGGUUUAGAAAUAAAAAACUUUCCGGGUAAAGGUCGCGGUGUCGUAACGACACGAGAAUUUGCCAAAGGCGAAUUUGUAGUGGAAUAUAUCGGCGAGCUGAUCAAUCAGGGGGAAGCAAAGGAGCGUGAGGAAUUGUACGCACAAGAUCAAAAUACCGGAUGCUAUAUGUAUUAUUUUCAACAUCGUAAUCAACAGUAUUGUGUUGAUGCAACGGCGGAGACUGAUAAACUUGGCAGGUUGGUGAACCAUUCGAGAACCGGUAAUUUAAUUGCGCGAAUCGUCGAGGUCAAUUCAAUACCGCAUCUGGUACUUACGGCGAAAGAGGAUAUACCGAUCGGUGUAGAGGUCUCAUAUGAUUACGGAGAUCGAAGUCGCGAAUCGAUUCGUCAUCAUCCAUGGCUGGCGUUAUAGCACUUCCAAUUCAUUAUUUAUAUAAUAUCGUGUUACAUUGUACAAAAAUUCAUUUCAUUUGUGUUCCUCCUAUGAAGGAACUAUAUAGCAUAUAUGUUGAAUUUUCUAUGUGGUACAAAUUUUUUUCAUAGCGAU